AUGUAUAUGAAGAAAAGACUUGAGGCUUAUACAAAUGGGCUAGAAGACAUAAGGCCACUGAAUGAAGCGAAAGCAGCAAGCAGUACAGAUUACCCAGAGGAAACUGUGACGAAGCCCUACUUUUUUUCAACAGGCGACCUUACGUCUACGUCUCCUACUAAAAACGAUAUCGAAGAGGAAAAGUUAAUGGCGGUUACUGAGAUCUUAUCAACUGUCAUAACUGAGUACACAACAGCUGUUUCGGAAAUUGAGGAGACCCUCAGUGUUCCUUACCACCUCAGCAUUGAUAGGCAAGAUUCAGACAAAACUUUUCACGAGAGCCAAUUGAAGACAAGUGUCGAUAACGAUGCUGAUAUAGAGUCAGUAAGUGAAAAAGUCAAGAUGAGGGUGAUUUCAAAUGGCAGCGAAUUAUUUAAAGAUACAAAUGGUGAAAAUAUACUUAUGCAGGUAAACACAGUUGACAAUAAUUACCACGAAAAUGAAACUUUAACAGACAGGUUUCAAGAAGAAACUUCUGUUAUCACAACGUCUUCACCGCUUACAGGUGAUCUAAGACAGACUGUUGAAAGAUCAGUGGAAGAAAAAACAACAAACAGUUUCUUAAUUAAAAAGGAUGAAUACGAAGAAAGUUUCAAAAGCUCUUCAAGAUUUGAUGAAAAUGUAGUUGAAAACACUUUUUCAAAGGAAGUCUUUCCCGUUACGACAGGUUAUCUAACAACAACUACAGAAGCAUUUUACUCACCUGAAUUAGGUUCAGAAUUAGCAGCAGAUUCUGCUCCCUCAACAUCUUCUAACACUUUUUCUAAAGAGAGUUUGGAAGGUACAUACUUCUCUGCCGACUCUAAUGAGCAGAAUUAUUUCAAGGAUAAGAACGAGGUUACUAUUGUGAAUCAAGAAUCAUUUGCAACCAACGCCAAUUACGUCUCGUCUUUAAGUACAGCACCAGCACUUGAACGCGUUGAUUCGCUUUCUCCACAUGCUUUAACGAGGUCCACUGAGCCUCCAAAUAAAAAGGUGAAUGUCACACCAAGCUCAGAGGUAGCUGUCAGUAACAAUCAAGAAAACAAACUGUCAAACUCUCAUUCUCGCCACGGUCAUGUUCUACCACCCGAUUCUCCUGUCCUCUCCAUUAAUAAUGCAAAACCAAAAGGAGACGAGGAUGAAUUAAACACUGAACAAAUUUCAACGAGAGCAUCGCUGUUUCCAUGGUGGCUAUUCUUGGUUAUGGGUAUCCUGGUGGUAAGUAUUAUCGCUAUUGCCGGAUACAGUUUCUCUAAAGCAAGGUCUCGAAACGUUACACUCCAAAUGCCUACUCAGGAAAUGUCAUUGCUUAAGAAAUCUGGAGACGAUUCUGUCAAGCGUCGUAGCGAAGCUUAA